GGGCGCGCCCGGGAGUCACCCAGGCCCAGCUCUGCAGGACGGUGGCGGCCCAGCCUCCUGUGAGAAGAUGUCCUACGGCUCCAUCGCUGGCGGCGGCGGCCUGGGGAGCCGCGGUCCCUUUGGGGGGCCCUCCAGACAAGGCUAUCAGCCUCUAGAGUGCGCUAAGUGUUGGACCGAGUACGGAAUCCGCCAUUUCCCCUGCGCGUCUCCAGAGAGCAACCUGCAAGACCCCUGUGUGGGCAAGGACGGGGAAGGUGAUCUGGGGCCGGCUGGCACGCCCAGAGGCCUGAGGGCCAGGAAGCGAGGACAGCCGAUGGCGUGGCGGGGCUGGACCAGAGGCAGGAGGGAUGUUGCCAGGCUGUCUGGGCCUUGUGGGCCCCAGGGACGAGGCCGACCCUGCGGCAAAGAGAGGCCAGGGGUUGCCACCAACGGCGGCGGGACACUGGAGCCCAGCUUGCCGCCUGCCAGCCUGAGGAAGGACUUGGCUGCAGGGGCCCAUGGCCGGGUGGCAGGGCCCAGCGCCACCCGGGCCAGGAAGAGGAAGCCCAACUUCUGCCUGCAGGAGACAGAGGUGCUGGUGGCCAAGGUCAGCAAGCACCACCAGCUGCUGUUUGGCGCUGGGCUGCGGAGGGCCGAGCCUGCCCGCAGGUACCGCGUGUGGAGCCGCAUCCUACAGGCCGUGAAUGCGCUGGGCUACUGCCGCCGCGACGUCGUGGACCUCAAGCACAAGUGGCGGGACCUGCGUGCGGUCGUGCGGCGCAAGCUGGGUGACCUGCGCAGGGCAGCCCCUGGCCCUGGCCCUGCCAAGCCCCAGGCCCUGGCUCUCACGCCUGUGGAGCAGGUCGUGGCCAAGACCUUCUCCUGCCAGGCCCUGCCCUCUGAGGGCCUCGGCCCCGAGCCGCCCAGAGCCACCCAGAUGGACCCAAGUGACCUCCAGGAGCUAUGCCAGGAGAUGUCGGCCAACAUCUUCCGAAUCAACUCCAAUGUGACCUCCUUGGAGCAGAGCCUCCGGUCCCUGGGGACGCCGAGUGACGUGCAGGAACUACGGGACAGCCUGCACGCGGUGCAGCAGGAGACCAACCGCACGAUCGCGGCCAGCACCAGCGCCCUGAAGCAGACGGCCGAGCUCCUGCGGGGCUGCUCCCGGCAGGAGUGCCUUCAGCUGGACCGCCUGAAAACUCAGCUCUCAGACACCAUCCAGCGCUAUGGAGUGGUGCAAAAGAAGAUUGCAGAAAAGUCCAGAGCACUGCUUCCCACGGCACAGAGGGGUGGCCAGCAGCAGCAGAGUCGCCAGGCGCCAUUUGCUGAGCUGGCUGAGGACGAGAAGAUCUUUAACGGGGGUGACGGCGUGUGGCAGGGCCAGGAGCAGGUGCUGCUGCCAGAGAUCACUGAGGAGGACCUGGAGGCCAUCCGGCUGCGCGAGGAGGCCAUCCUGCAGAUCGAGAGUGACCUGUUGGAUGUGAACCAGAUCAUCAAGGACUUGGCCUCCAUGGUGUCAGAACAAGGCGAGGCCAUCGAUAGUAUUGAAGCCGGCCUUGAGGCUGCGUCCUCGCACGCAGAGGCGGCCAGGGAGCUCCUGGCUGGAGCCAGCCGGCACCAACCGACGAGGAGGACGAGGCCACCGGCUGCCUGUGGCUACCCCUGCGGACACUGGAUGGGCCGAGCCUGCCUGAAGCAGACGCCCUGGACCUCCGAGGAGCCUUCCCCGCGUCCACCUCCUUGCCUUCCCCACCCACGUCCCCAGCCUCGGCGCCCUCAGUGGCCACGUUCCCUGGGGCCUCCCGGCCCUCGCCGCCCUCCUCGGCAGCGCCCCAGUCCUCCGGGAAGCCCGCGGGGGCCGAGGCCUCGGACUUGGAGUGGCGGCGGCUGGACUCCCAGCGACGGCAGGGCGCCCUGCUCAGCUCCUGGUCCCAGCAGCAGAGCGCGCUGAUGGCCCAGCAGAACCUGCUGCUGCAGCGGCUGGCCGAGCAGAGCCAGCGGCUGGCCGACGGCGUCGAGGCCCUCAACCGGACCCUGGAGAGGCUGGUGGAGGCCCUCCCAGCCCGAGGCGCCUCGCCUGC